AUGCAAAGCUGUGGUCCUCGGUCGAAACGGAGGGGGGCCAAACAGUCAUUUCGGCUGGUCCUUGACGUGAACACCAGAGAACCGCCACCAGGUCUGAUUGCUUUCACUACAUUUAUUGAGCUCGAAACCCAACUUUUCUUCGUAUUCGCCUACACAAUGUCGGCUGUCAGAAGGACAGUGACUAGACGAGAGUCCACCCCACCACCAUUUACACACACACACAUAAGCCAAUAUGCUGGCGGAGGUUGUGGCCGGAAGACAGCAUGUGGACAAAUGGAGGGCGGUCUGCAGCAACCUGUACUGGAUGAAGCGACAACUAAUGACUGUCGCCUAAGCAACUCGUUCAUGCGAACGACAGCGAUUGAUUGUCAUGCCAUGGGAGACACAUUUUCAUUGUCCGACGGUGUUCCUGUACCGGCUUUUCGUGGUUCUGGAGAGUAG